AUGUUGAGCAUCAAGCAUUCGGACCCAUCGGACCUUCACGACAGAGACGACUUGUCAGACGUCGGCACAGAACGUGCAGAGAUAGAGACACUGUUCGAUGAGGAUUUUCCUUCUUAUACAGACGAUCGAGCUGGAUCCUCCACGACAACACCUGUACAGCUACCUUCGGAGAAGUCCAGUAGACCUACCUUGAGACCCACAACUUCAGCGCCACUAGAUUUCCCAACGCUUGACCUGCCAUCCUACGAAGGGACAGUCGAUAUCGCCAGGCCACUUGCGAUACCACAAGUCUCUCCAGAUCCGGCGGCACCAUUCUUGCAAGCAUACCCCUCGCAACUGCUCAACUAUGGGAUACCCGCAGAGAGCUGGCAUGCUUUUGUGAGCACACUCUCCGACUUCGUCUCCGCCAAAGUCUCCAAGCAGGCAUUGCAUCAUGCUUCCGAUGUGGCAAGUACUAUUGGCGACUACCACAAGCGAUAUGCGAACGUUGUCAAGAAAGGUGCAAAGAACAUCGGCAAGGAAGCCAAGCGCUUCAAUCCGUUUGGCGUGAUAGGCGGAGCUACAGGCCACUUCUUUGGCGGAGUGGGUCAUCUUGUUGGAUCGAUCUUCAAUGUUCCUUUGUCCAUGCUGCAGAAUCCAAAGACGCCAAGGGAGCGAGCUAUCGUCUACAUCACAGCGGCGAACAAGAAGUGGUUCCACGGAAGAGGUCUCCAUGCACUCCUCCUGGACACCAGCGAGCUCGGCAGCAUGAUUGGCAUUUCUGGGCAGGAACUACUGGGCGCAACACGAAGUAGAUGCGGACCCAGUGGCGACGCUGUACAUCAAAUGCAAGCCCUCAAUACCUGGCUUGGCGACAUCGAGGUUCGGACAGAGCAGUCUCCAGCUCCAUCGGCAUCCCGCAAGAUCAGAGAUGAUAGCUGGAUAGCCUCAUCUUCAUCAUCUUCGACCAAGUCGAGCACAACACGAACUAACAGUGGCAGCGGAUCAGGAUCACUCACCAAUGCAGGGGCCCCAACUGGCCUGGCUUUCGGAGAGACGCCUUCGAACGCUCAGAUCCAGUUGAAACUUGGCUUCGAGACCCUUUGGCUAGUGGUCACUCAGCAGAGCAAAGUGGAAGGACUCAUGGAAGAUGAGAAGAACAAUGCAUCUCAGAAAGUUUAUCCUGGCACGUGA